GAAGGAAUUCGUGUAACACUCAUUGAACAGCGUGUGUUCCACAUUACGGCUUGUUCUAGUAAUGUAACGCAUCCAUACAAGAGGAGAAGCAAAUAACAUAUGUGUUGUCAGAUACGUCCAUACUUAACGCCAUGAUGGAUGCGGUGUUCCAGGCACCCAAACGGCGGCCCAGAGUGUAUGAGGCGUACGACGCCCCGUUUCCUGUCCCUCUUGCUGCGGUGGAUGCGAGGCUGCAGCAGACCAUAAUCUACAGAGCAGAUAUGGUCAACCAGCAUGUCGUUGUCAGGGACCCUGAACACAUACAAGCUCUCUACGGCAAGGGUUACUUUGGUAAAGGCAUCUUGUCAAGAAGCAGACCAGACCACAGUAUCUCACACCAAUGGGAAAAGUUUGGUGAGAGAGUUCUACCCGUCAUCUCCCUGUUCAAGUACCAGAAGCAUUUGAGCUGGGCACGGGACGUACUCCUAGCUCAAGGAUUGGAGGAGGAGGUUGUCAAUCAGAUGCUGCAGAGACUUUGUCAGCCAAUGGAGCCAGAGCUCAGAGAGGAAAAUGGAAAUGAUGACUGCCCAGCCAGCCCUCACAGGAGUGAGGAAACAGGGGCAGGUAAACCCCAGGACAUGGCCUCAGAGCAGGCAGGGACAGGGAGACAGCAGGGCCAGGCAUCAGACUCUUGGAGCCCAGAGGAUCAGGGGGAGCAGGACAGUCAGUGUUCCCAAGCUAAGAGGCCUAGGAGUGAAGGAGAUGGUCGGUUCGACCCACUGUCUGAGCUUUACACCCAGGAGCCCCAGCAGAUAGACCCAGCGGCCCUGGCUACGGUCCGGUGCCCCAGGCAUGAUGACUGGCUGGUUGACUGUGGCUGUCGCCUGGAGGACAGCGUGCUGGAGACCCUCACCCUGCAGAGAGAUAGACAGACAGACGCAGGCCGACAGGGGGCAGACCGUGGGUAUGAGUAUGUACUGGUGAUGGAGGAGGAAGAGGAGAAUAGUGUUGUCAAGAGUCAACCCUUCAGGCUGCUAGAGUACCUUCAACUGACUCUGGAGGAGGCUUUCUUCUUGGUCUAUGCAUUAGGAUGCCUUUCAGUUUACUACAAUGAGGAACCAUUAUCGGUGCUCCAGCUGUGGGAGAUGUUCCGGUCGGUCCAACCCCACUUUGAGACGGCAUACAUGGCCUACCAUUACUUCCGCAGCAGGGGGUGGGUGCCCAAGCCUGGGGUGAAGUACGGGACUGACCUCAUGCUUUACCGAAAAGGACCACCUUUCUACCAUGCAAGUUACUCUGUGGUGGUGGAGAAGGUAGACCAGCCAUGUAGGGGAGGGGCUCUCCGUCCGUUCAGCUGGAGGUCUCUGGCUGCUCUCAGCAGGAUUACCGCCAACGUUUCCAAGGACUUGAUGCUGUGCUACGUCAUCUACCCAUCUCACCUGACAGAGGAACAGCUCUCCUCUCCAGACUGUCUCUGCAGGGUCACAGUUCAGGAGAUUAUUUUAAGCAGAUGGAUAUCAUCACGAGAGCGGACAGAGACGGACGACAUAUGAUUUUUUUUUUUUUGUCUGCUGUGUAAAUAUACAGCUCCUUCAGAAAGUAUUCACACCCUUUGACUUUUUCCACAUUUUGUUGUUACAGCCUGAACCUAAAAAUGGAUAACAUUUCGA